AUGUCCGCAACGAACGGACGGCACGAAGGAGCACACACUGAGGGUGGACCUUCAAGUACGGAUCCUGAAUACUGGCAAACUCAGAUGAACAAUGAUCAACAAUUUAUCCAACAUAUGAUCGAAAUUUAUAAGGCACAACAAUUGGAACCACGACAAAUAGGAAAAUACGACAGUCAGAUGAAUCAUCAAUCGCAACAAACUAUACGCCAGCUACCGCGACUAAUGGACCAACCAGCUUAUGAAUCACCUAUACAACAGCAUCAACGAAAUCAACGGAUAACAACGUCAUCUAUGAACGAUACCAAUUCCACUGCAACACUUAUCAACCAAGUGUCAUCGACUCCAAGAAGAACACUUGAUGAAAGUACCUCACCCGGCAAAGCUCAAAGGCAAGUCAAGAAACAUCGCGCAGACGAAAUGAUAACAGCAACAAUGAAUGGUCAAGCAACAGCCGCAUCUCCAUCUGCACGAAAUUUUGGUUUUCCUAUAAGCCAUUUGAAAUACGCAGUAGCAAAUAAACCACCAUGUUUUUUCAUCAAGUUCAAUAUUAAUCAAGAAAAUAACCAAUCUCAAAUUCCGUCCGUAAUAAACACAGUUAAGUGGAUUAGAGACACGGUCCAACAACAAAAUUUAGGAAAAAUUGAAGAAUUCUCACUAUUUGUAUCCGCCGGUAACAAUAGAUAUAAAUUUGGAGUAGCCUCCAAAGAUGAAUUCUUAACACUCUGGAAAUGCAAAUGGCCAAAUAAAAUAAUGGAUAUAGAUGUUGAAGUUGAACGACCACGUGCUCUUCCGGACUUUUGUGCGGUGGUAAUUCGAAAUAUCCCAAUGGAGCUCAACAACCAAUAUUUAUAUCAAGAAAUAACGAAAACAAUUGAGUCAGCAUCGUCAUUAACCAAAAUUAAUUACAGUAGACCAAGAACAACAAAUGAUUACCGUUGCUGUAUAACAGAUACCGACGAGUAUAACGAAAUUUUGAAGAUAGGUCGAAUUGCAAUUGGCCAUCUCCUACUANCGGACUUUUGUGCGGUGGUAAUUCGAAAUAUCCCAAUGGAGCUCAACAACCAAUAUUUAUAUCAAGAAAUAACGAAAACAAUUGAGUCAGCAUCGUCAUUAACCAAAAUUAAUUACAGUAGACCAAGAACAACAAAUGAUUACCGUUGCUGUAUAACAGAUACCGACGAGUAUAACGAAAUUUUGAAGAUAGGUCGAAUUGCAAUUGGCCAUCUCCUACUAUCGAUAACUCCAUUUAUGCCCGGAUUAAAAAUGACUUACUGUAACAAAUGCUGGGAAUUAGGUCACACAAAAAAUCUAUGCAAAAAAGAAGCGAAAUGUCGAUUAUGUUUGGAGCCAUGGAAUUAUAACCAUCAAUGUCAAAAACCUGUAUGUUGUGCACAAUGCAAAGGUGGGCACUUCUCGCUGAGCAUGGAUUGCUCAGUGGUAAGAAACUACCGACAAACAUUAAAAGAAGAGGUCAACAUAGCAUUAAAGGAAGGAACGAUCACCGAGAAGAAGCUAAAUAGCAACCCUCACAACCUUCAACGAAUAAACAUGGAUUUUCCUACACUUCAACCGCAAAGUGGGAAGCAACAAGCAUGGACACAACAACAAGCAGAUAUAAGCAACGGGAAAACAAUAGAAGGCGAAAAAUGGAAAGAGAUCCAAUCACAGAUGCAAGGUAUCUCAGAUGCUCUACUAAGAAUGGAGACAAAAUAUGAUAACCAACUACGGAAGCUUGAAAUUAUGGAAAACUCGUUAGCGGUAAAUAAACAAGGUAUAUUGGUCCUCGCUAAUAUAAUACAACAAACAAUUAAUGCUCUAACAACGGGCACGGAAAAGAAAAAUAAACAAGCUCUUCAAGCAAUUUCUCAACAAGUUGAAGCCUUUAAGAACGAUCUAAUAGAAAAAUUUGUCACAGUAACAAUUAAUCAACAGACGACAGAAACAUUAUCACUCCGGAGCGACAACAAACAAACAUUACCGCCAACCAAUUCCACAACAACAACAACGUCCACAGCAACAACAACAAAUUCCACAGCAACAACAAUGUCAACGAAGCUCAAUCAGAAAAAACAAGUGGAGAUAGAUCACUCGAUGAACUCAAACGAUGAAUAG